AUGUCGGAAGAAAGAAUAGCAGCCAACAAUUCAGAUAACUUCAUUCCACUUUCCACAGAAAACAAAGCAAGGCUUUAUUCCCCUUGGAAAUAUUCCAUUAUAGUUAAAGUCUUUGGCAGAAAAGUGAGUUACUUAACCCUCAAGCAAAAUCUGCAACAAUUAUGGAAACCAACAGAGGCUUUGGCCCUCAUUGAUUUAGGUAAUGACUUCUUAAUCAAGUACCAAAAAGAAGAAAGUAUGACAAAAUCUCUACACGAGGGUCCAUGGUUUGUGUUAGGCCACUUCCUAUCAGUUAGGAGAUAUGAACCUAAGUUUCUAGUAUCCUCAUCAAAACUUACUUACACAACAAUUUGGUCUAGGCUCCCAGAAUUACCCACUGAGUUCUAUGAUACUCAGAUCUUACAACAAGUGGGAAAUAAACUGGGUAAGUUACUAAAAAUUGAUACUUGCACGUCAUCUACAUUACGAGGAAAAUAUGGUCGAAUAUGUAUUGAAGUUCCCCUUGAACAACCAUUAAAAUCACAUGUAUUUAUAAGGAACCAUCGUCAGCAAAUCCUUUAUAAAGGACUAAAUAUGCUAUGUGUCCGUCUUGGUAGAAUUGGCCAUCCUACGACAUAUUGCCCUAGCAAAAUCACACAAACAGUUCACCAACAUCAACAGCCACCACUUCUUCUUCUAACGAAUGAGAAACAACUGAUCUACAACAUCUACAUUCCGAAUGGAAGGCGGUUACUUUUCCAGAAAAGCAACCCAAUUCUACUCUUCGCCAACAUGCAGUAA